AUGUCAGAAACAAAUAGUCCAAUCAUUACAACUCCUACUACUACUACUACUUCUACUACUAGAGUAUAUACACUUGGAUUACGUAGAGAAGAUAAGAAUCGAUGGGAACGUCGUGCACCCUUGGCACCAUCACACAUUGAACAGUUAGUCAAGCGCGGCAUUCGUUGCAUUGUGCAACCAAGCACACUGCGAAACUAUAGCAAUGCCGCCUAUGAAAAGGCCGGUGCCAUCAUCCAAGAGGAUUUACGCGACUGUGACACAAUCUGUGCCGUCAAGGAGGUGCCAUCCGAGUACUUGUUUGAAGGCAAGACCUACUUGUUCUUUUCGCACACCAUCAAGGCACAGCCAUACAACAUGCCCAUGUUGGACGAGAUCAACAACAAAAAGAUCCGUCUCAUUGAUUACGAGCGUAUCACUGACAAUCAAAACAAGCGUCUUGUUCGUUUUGGUGCCUUUGCCGGUUACGCUGGUAUGAUUGACAUGUUGCACGCCCUUGGUGAUCGUCUCUUGGCCAAGGGUUUCUCUACCCCAUUCCUCCAUGUCGGUUACUCCUAUGUCUACAGCAAGUUGGAAAAUGCCAUGGAUGCCGUUCGUGCCAUCGGUGAAGAAAUCUCUCAAGUUGGUCUCCCCGAUGAUCUCCUCCCAUUUACCUUUGCUUUCACUUCUGAUGGUGCUGUUGCUCAAGGUGCUCUUUCCAUUUUUAAAUUACUUCCUCAUAAAAUGGUUACUCCUGAUGAAAUGGUUGAUCUUGUUAAAAAUAAAAAGGGAGAAAGAGGAAUUUUAUAUGGUACAAUUAUAAAAUCUGAACAUAUGGUAGAACCAAUAGAUUCAUCAAAGAAAUUUGAUAAAGAUGAUUAUUAUAAAGAUCCAUCAAAAUAUAAACCAAUCUUUUUUGAAAAGUAUGCACCAUAUAUUUCAUGUUUAAUUAAUUGUAUGUAUUGGGAUGCAAAAUUCCCAAGAUUAAUUACAAUUAGACAAAUGGAACAAUUGGUUGAAACUGGUAAUUCACGUUUAAUUGGUGUAGCUGAUAUUUCAGCAGAUAUUAAUGGUUCAUUGGAAUUUUUAAUGAAAACAACUUCAAUUGAUUCUCCAUUAUAUAUUUAUGAUCCAAAAACUCAAGAAAUUCAUGAUCCUACAACUGAUCAAAAAUAUAUGUAUAGAGAAGGAAUAUUAUUUUUAGCAGUUGAUAAUUUACCAACAGAAUUUCCAAAGGAAGCAACACAAUGGUUUGGAGAUCAUUUAUUACAAUUUAUGGAAGCAAUUGUUAGAUCCGAUCCAUUAAAGCCAUAUGACAAGAUGAAUGAUAUUCCAGAUGAAAUUAAACGUGCUACCAUUACAGCUCAUGGAUCAUUGACACCACCAUUUGAAUACAUUAAAGAGUUGCGCAAGAAAAGAGAAGCAAUGAUUAAGCGAGUUUUAAUUAUUGGUGCUGGAUUAAUUUCACACCCAGUCAUUUCCUAUCUUGCUCGUAAUCCAAGUCAUGAAGUGGUUGUAGCAGAUAUUGAUGCUGAUCAAGUAAACAAGGCUGUUAAAUUUGAACCAGAUAUUCAAACUAUUGUGAUUGAUGUAAAUGAUCAAUCAAAAUUGGAUAAACUAGUUUCAAAACAAAAAGUUGUCAUUUCUCUUUUGCCAGAUGACUUGACAUUAUUGGUUGCAAAAAGUUGUUUACGUACAAAAAAACAUCUCAUUACUACAAGUUAUUUGACAAAUGAAAUGAAACAACUUCAUCAAGAAGCAAAAGAUGCAAAUUUAACAUUUUUAAAUGAAAUGGGUUUGGAUCCAGGAGUUGAUCAUUUGGAAGCAUCGCGAGUCAUCAAUAGUGUGAAAAAGCAAGGUGGUAAAAUUCGUUCAUUUGUAUCUUGGUGUGGUGGUUUACCAGCUCCAGAAUCUUCCGACAAUCCAAUGGGUUACAAGUUUAGUUGGAGUCCAAGAGGUAUGUUGGAAGCUGUCAAAAUGCCUGCUGCCUACAAACAAGAUGGACGUGACAUUGUAGUCUCUGGUCAAGAAGUUUACAAACGUGUUCAAAAGGUAGACAUCUUCCCUGCCCUUUCAAUCGAAGGUGUACCAAAUAGAAAUUGUCUCUCACUUGGUCAAUAUUAUGGUAUUCAAGAUAGUAAAACAAUCUUUAGAGGUACUAUUCGUUAUAAAGGUUUUUGUCAAGUAAUUGAAGCUGCCGUUGAAAUUGGUCUAUUGGAUGAAACAGAAGUUGGUCUUUUAAAGGUUGGACAAGAAAAGAUUUCAUGGAACAAGGCUCUUAGAGCCAUUUUACCAGAUCCAUUAUCAUCGACAAGUGCAAACGAUAAAUUUUCAACACAAGAAAUGUUCCGUCGUAAAUUACGUACUCGUCGUGGUUACCCAAGUAAAGGUUAUGAUGAUGAAAAGAUUACCUACAUCUUGUCGGUAUUUGAAUGGUUGGGAGUAUUCUCGGAAACCAUUGAAAUUGCUCAAAAGGGUAGUUAUUUUAAUGCCUUUUCACAAUUACUCAAAGGCAAAUUGGAAUUUUCACCAUCUGAAAGAGAUCUCAUCAUUCUCCAUCACAUCUUUGGUAUUGAAUGGCCAGAAGGACGUCAUGAAACUAAAACUUCUACCCUCGUCUAUUAUGGUACAAAAGAUCUUUCUGCCAUGGCCUAUACCAUUGGUUUACCAGCUGCUAUUGCCGCCGAACUAUUACUCGAAGGAAAUAUUAAAGAAACUGGUGUUGUCAUUCCAAUUACUGAAGAAUUUUAUAAACCAAUCUUAAAAGCUCUUCGUAAUGAAGGUAUGACUUUUAUUCAUCGUCAAGAAUUUGAUAAAGAAAAAGAUUAUUAA